CAUUGCCCCAAAUUCACACCGAGCGUACGUUUUUUUUUUACGUCUGCAACGUAAGUAAGUAACGACUGUCUGUGAGUGUCUGUCUGUCUGUCUGUGGCACCAAAUAGCGAACGGCUCGGUUUUGCCUGACCUGAAAUAUGCCACAUUCACACAGGAUCGACAUGUGUCACCAAACUAGAAAUGGCAAUCUUCCCGCAGCCUGACUGAGUAAGCUAGCCAGCCACUUGGCUACCUCCUAGCCCAGGUUAGCUGAGUGCAGUCGGCGCAUCACGAACCAACCAGCAGCUACCGAGAGAAGAUGGCGGAGUACUCGCCUGUCCUGCCGAUGAGGGAUGGUGGAGCGAGGUUUGGUAUCGGACAGCCCAUCUUUCCCCGGUCCCGGUCCGGUUCAGAAUCCGAUAGUGAACUGUCUCAGAGUCUGGCCCGAACCAAGAUCCGGUCUUACGGGAGUACGGCUAGCGUCGCGGCUUCUCUCGGCGAGAAAUACAUAGAGCAUCGGGUCACAGACAGCGACACUUUGCAGGGCAUAUCCCUCAAAUACGAAGUAACGAUGGAGCAGAUCAAGAGGACUAACAAGCUGUUCAGUAACGACUGUAUCUUCCUGCGUAACACCCUCAACAUCCCUGUGGUCUCAGAGACCUUCAACGGCCUGUCUCUAGAGUCCCCCGACGGAGAUCCCCAGCACCAGGACUACAACCCCCUGUGUGUGGGGCAGGACAGGGACACUGAGGAGGGCCCCUCGCCGCCUCCGGCCCCUGGGCCUGGGGAUAAGGACAGUAGUAGUUAUAAACGGCCCCAGCCAGAAGAGCUGUCGGCUCAAGACUUCCUGCACAGACUGGACUUGCAGAUUAAACAGUCUAAGCAGGCAGCACGCAGGCUCAAAGAAGAGGAAGUGAGGGACAGUGAAGAGGAAUACACACUUCCUGUUUCAUCAUACCAGGAGAUCUAAAGGACACUCGUUUACCUGAAGCCCUGAUUAACACCCAUCUACCCACAAGUCCACCCAUCACUCCUUCCUACCUUUCCCUUCCUCUCUUUUACCAAACCAUGACACUGGACGUCAUGUCUAAGUGUUUGAACUGAGGAUUCAUCCUUUGCCUUUUUAAUAUUAGUAUCAUUAUCAUACGUUGUAUUAUUAGUAUUCUUCUGGUUUUGUACUGUUCAACUGCUGUCAAUCAUCUGAACAGCAGGUAGUCUGUUACUAUGACACUCAUCCACUCACUACAAGUCUACAUGCUGCUGCUGUACAGAAUAACCCUCUGGUCUGUGUUUACCACACACACACACACACACAUACAUACACAGGAAACACACAGGUGUGACUCUGAUGAUCCAAUCCCUCCUAGAAUAGCAUCAGUCCACUAGAUGGAUGGAUAGAUAGAUAGAUGGAGAAGCCUCCAGUAUUACCUCCUCUUCCUCCUCUCCUCUUUUCCUCCUCCUCUAACUCUCCUUCUCCUCUCUUCUUCCUCCUCCUCUCUUCUUCCUCCUCUCCUCCUCUCUUCCUCCUCCUCCGUGUUUGAAACUAGGUUGCGUCCAUAAAUGCAGCCUAUUUAUACCCCACAUUGUGUGCAUCCCAAAUGGCUCCCUAUUCCCUAUGUAGUGCACUACUUUUGACCACGGCCCGUAGGGUUCACUACUUUUGACCAGGGCCCGUAGGGUUCACUA